AUGUGGCAGCCACCGUCCCUCGUGAACGCCAACUGCUGCUGCUGCUGCUGCUGCUACUACUACUACUACAACACCUACUUGUUUGCCCAAGGUUACUUCCCAGACAUGGUGGGCAAAAAAUCCAAUUUGACGGUGGCCAGCCGCCUUGGUCCUGGCAAGAGUUGUAGCCAAUGUGGAGGUCUUUUGCUGCGGUCGCACCAGGCCUUCCAGGUUGAGUGCCUUGCUGUGUGGACGGCCAAAGAAGAUCGAACUCUGGAUUUGGCGAUGCAGAUGUAUGGCAAAGAUUGCAAUGACUGGAAACUGCUUUGUCGGAGCCAUUUUCCGGGAAGAGACUUGGAAGAAGUCCUGAAACGCUGGUUCCUGAAGCAAAGCAAUUUCGAGCAAUGGACGAUUAAUGAAGAUGAAGCGCUUCAGAGGGCCAUCGAACGGUGGGGCACUGGAAACUGGGCCUUGAUGCGGAAGGAUCUUCCAAAACGCUCCUCUGGCACCAUCCUGCAGCGCUUCCGCCAGCUCUGCCCCGAGAAGGGGUUCUUGUAUGACCUACUACUUGCAACACGACGCCGUGUGAUGCCCACGGGCUUCCACAAAACGAUGCCUUGGCGACAACGCUCGGAACUCGCAGCCAGCGAUUUUGCCCUAAGACUCCAAGUGGAGGAGGAGCAGCCGGGCGUGAAACGGUUCUGCACAGGUGACCAGGUUGCUGACCGGCACCUCUCCCGCAUCAACAAAAACCUGUCUUUUCGAUUGCGGCCUGGGAGACUGGCACUCCAGGCGAAGAAGAAGCGGAGACUGCUGGCGCCGGUGACCGACUUGGAAGUGAAAGAUGAGGUGACGUCCCAGGUGAUGUCGCCGGAAGCUAUCCAGUGA